AUGAGUGUGGAGAUUCCGGCUGGUUUGACCGAUCUGCUGAAGGGCUACACGGUGGAGGUCUUGAAGCAGAGGCCGUCUGACCUCCUGGAGUUUGCGGUGCAGUAUUUCACCCGCCUGAAGGAGCAGAGAAACGCUGAAGAGGGGAACCGCCGCAAUGCUGAGAUCAGCUGCCGCAACACCAGCAGGUCUCCAGUUCAGAGAGGAGUGGCCUUUGAUAAAGACACAACACCCACAGAGUCCAGUGAGGAAGAGGAGGACGAGGAGGACGAGGAAGACGAGGAAGAUGAUGACUUCCCAGACGAUUUCACAUUCAAACCGCCGCCUCCCACUAAAUCCAACCGCAGAGUAUCAGUGUGUGCAGAGGCGUAUAACCCAGAUGACGAUGAGGAUGACGACUCUGAGCCGAAGGUUGUCCACCCCAAAACUGACCAGCAGCGCUCCAGACUUCAGGAGGCCUGCAAAGACAUAUUACUGUUCAAAACUCUGGAAAAGGAACAGUUCGCAGAGGUUUUAGACGCCAUGUUUGAGGUGCUGGUGAAGCCACAAGAGCACAUCAUCGACCAAGGAGACGACGGAGAUAAUUUCUAUGUCAUUGAGAGGGGUGUGUAUGAUAUCGUGGUGAAGAUGAAGGAUGGAGUGAGCCGCUGUGUGGGGAAGUAUGAUAAUAAAGGCAGUUUUGGGGAGCUGGCGCUGAUGUAUAACACUCCACGAGCGGCCACUAUCAUCGCCACCCAGUCGGGGGCGCUGUGGGCUCUGGACAGAGCAACGUUCCACAGACUCAUCGUGAAAAAUAACGCCAAGAAAAGGAAAAUGUACGAGGCCUUCAUCGAGUGUGUUCCCCUGCUGAAGUCCCUCGAGUUGUCUGAGCGGAUGAAGAUUGUUGACGUUUUAGGAGCGAGAGCUUACAAAGAUGGAGAGCAGAUCAUUAAACAGGGCGACGAGGCCGACUGCUUCUACGUAGUGGAGUCUGGAGUGGUGAAGAUUCUGAUCAAGAGCAAAACUAAAGCAGGUCAGAGGGGUAAUGAGGAGGUGGAGGUCGCCCGCUGCAGCAGGGGGCAGUAUUUCGGAGAGCUGGCGCUGGUCACUAAUAAACCGAGAGCUGCGUCUGUCUAUGCUGUGGGAGAGACCAAGUGUUUAGUGAUUGAUGUCCAGGCGUUUGAGCGCUUGCUGGGCCCGUGUAAAGAGAUCAUGAAGAGAAACAUCGCUUCGUACGAGGAGCAGCUGGUGGCGCUGUUCGGAUCCAGCGACGAUCUAAAACACUGA